GCCUUUGUGCGGAGGCUGCUCCCGGCUCCCGCCGCUGGGGGGCGGCCUCCCGCCCGAGGACCCCCGACAAUAGCGCGCGGGGUGGGGAGCCGCGCGGUCCGGAAACUUUAACCCGGAGUCCGGCCGCCGGCGCCCGGGAGGGAGCGCAGAGCUGGGCGCGCCCAUCCUGCCCGCGGUCCGGGCGCUCGGAGGGCUGCCGCGGGGGGACCUCUCCGGAGACGGGGCGGCAGCGCCCGGCCACCCACGGCCCGGAGGCUGCGCGCGGGUCCCCGCCACGCGGGAGGCUCCGGCCCGGGCCGGGGGCCGCGCCCGCCAUGGGGGAGGCGGCCGGCGCCGCGCCCGCCCUCUGGGACUGGGGCUACUUGGACCGCUGCUUCGCCCGCCACCGCGUCUGCAUCUCCUUCAGCCUCUGGCUCUGCGCCUCCUCCUGCUGGAUCGCCGCCCACACACUGCUCCUCUAUCUGAGAUGUGCCAAGAAGUGCAGACAGGACCAGUCAGCGCUGUGUGCUGCGUGCUGCCUCCUGGCCAGCUUGUGCGACACGGUCGGGGCGAUUCUGGCCAGACAGCUCGCGAUCCAGGUUUUCACUGGUGCCUACCUGGCAGCUGUUGACCUGGUGAACUUUGUGUUCAUUCUCUUCCCAGUCUGCGGCUCCAAGUUGAAGUCUGAUUCGGGUCACGGCUCCCAGGAGAGGAAGGGGAGGCAGCGGCUCAGGGCCGGCGUAUUUGCCUUGACUCUGCCCCUGAGCCUGGGCCCCUGCUGGGCUGUCUGGGCUGCUGUCCCGAAGGCUUCAGGCCUUGUCCGAGGGCCACAGCGGAGGCUGCUGGGAAGCCUGCUGCAGGACAACACUGAAAUGUUUGGCUACCUGCUGGGCGGCAUCGCUGCCUGCGGCUCCUGGGCCUCCCGGAUCCCCCCACUCGCCAGAAUCUGCCGGGGUAAGACGUUUCCCUGCAUCCACCUGUGGACCCGGCUCCUGUCGGCCCUGGCGGGCCUCCUCUACGCCUCAGCCAUUGUGGCCCAUGACCGGAGGCCCGAGUACCUGCUGCGGGCCACACCCUGGUUCCUGACCUCGCUGGGCCGCGCGGCGCUGGACCUCGCUAUCAUUUUCCUUUCCUGGGUGAUGAAAAGCAAGAUGAGGCGGGCCUUGGGCUUCGCCUCCGAAGCCAGAGAGAGCCCGGACACCCAAGCCCUUCUGACCGGCGCAGAGAAGGAGGAUGACAACGAGGAGGCGAGGAAUUGCGGGCUGGAAAACCGCCGGUCCCACCAGUGUCUGCAUGUGGAGGGGAUGGAGAAUUCAGAUUGGGUUCCUCUCACUACACUGCUGCCCUGCAAUCCACUCAGGACAAUGACAGCCAUUAGUCACUACAUGGAGCUGACCAUCGAGCCAGUGCAACAGGCGGGCUGCAGCGCCACCAGGCUGCCGGGCGACGGACAGAUGAACCUGGGAGACGUGCCCCUGCCAGAGCCGCCCUCGUACCCUCCCAUCCGGGUCAUCCGGGCCCGCGUGUCUUCCAGCAGCUCCUCCGAGGUCCCCUCCAUCAACUCCGACCUUGAGGAGUGCCCUAUCCGAUCGGCAGGACAAAACAUUGCGACCCCGAAGAUAUAAACCUUGAAGGGAAUAAAGACCACGUGGAGAUGCUUAGAUCCCAGAUGCAAAGGUGUCCUAUGAGGCCAGUGGACUUGACUUCUGAAGAGUAAUACUUUUUGGAGCCACAUCAACAGCUCAGACCCCAAAGUCAGCUGCCAGGAACUGAGCAGAGAUCAACUAGCAAUGACACCCAUGGCAGGAGUUUGAGCUUCUGCUGGGUCUGCCCAAGAAAGUGUGGGACCAGGAGCUGCCACUGCCUUUGGCUGGCCUCUGCCAUGGCUUGGAAUGGAGCUAAGACUUUGGGUCCUAUGCACAGACCUGACAUGCCCAGAGUUUGUUCUGAAAAUUUGGAAGUUCACAGAGCACUCUUGUGAAAUAUAAAUCUUCAUCUUCCUUUCCUUUUCCCUUUCCCUUUCUUACAUGUCUUUAUUGACUUUUUAUAGAAGAAGGGAGAGAAAUGAAAACAUUGGUGAGAAAUAUUGGUUGGCUGUCUC